GCAGGCGGCCGCUUCGUUCUCCGUGCGCUGCGCUCUGCCUUCCCCACCGCCUCCGCCGGCCGGCUCUGGGUGCCACUGGGCGGGCACCUCCCGCUGCCUUCCCCCGCCCCGCGCGUACCGACCCCUCCCGGGGCGCCCCGGCUCCCGGCGCGCUCCCCCUCGGACUAAACUGCCGCCCGCCGCUUCCUCGCCCCAUGGCUCCCCUGCUCCUGGCCGGCGUCCUGGCCCUGCUCUGCGCACAGCUGGCCCAGCCGGCUGGGGUGUUUGAGCUCCAGGUGCACUCGUUCCGCAGCAGUGCCCGCAGCCUGUGCCCCAGCGCCAGGCCCUGCCGCCUCUUCUUCCGCGUCUGCCUCAAGCACGCCCAGGCGGUCGUGUCCCCCGAGCCCCCCUGCACCUUCGGGGCCGCCCUGAGCGACAUGGUCCCCGCCGACCGCAAUGCUGUGGCCACCAGCGCGCCCAUCCACGUGCCCUUCCACUUCAAGUGGCCGAGGACGCCCAGAACCUGAUCAGCCGCCUGGCCACGCGGCGCCGGCUGGCGGUGGGUGAGGACUGGUCCCAGGACGUGCAGCUGGGCGAGCAGAGCGAGCUGCGCUAUUCCUACCACGUGCUGUGUGACGAGCACUACUACGGCGAGGGCUGCUCCGACUACUGCCGCCCCCGCGACGACCCCUUCGGGCACUACGCCUGCGACGAGCUGGGCGCCCGCGUCUGCCUGCCCGGCUGGAGGGGGGAGUACUGCUCCGAGGCCAUCUGCCUGCCGGGCUGCAGCGAGGGGCACGGCUACUGCGAGCGGCCCGGGGAAUGCAAGUGCCGGAUCGGCUGGCAGGGGCGCCUGUGCGACGAGUGCGUCCGCUACCCGGGCUGCCUGCACGGCACCUGCAGCCAGCCCUGGCAAUGCAACUGCCGGGAGGGCUGGGGCGGCCUCUUCUGCAACCAGGACCUCAACUACUGCACCAACCACCGGCCCUGCCAGAACGGCGCCACCUGCACCAACACGGGCCAGGGCAGCUACACCUGCAGCUGCCGGGCCGGCUUCACGGGCACCGGCUGCGAGAUCGAGACCAACGAGUGCGACAGCAACCCCUGCAAGAGCGGCGGCAGCUGUGACGAUCUGGAGAAUGACUACAAGUGCACCUGCCCCCAGGGGUUCUACGGGAAGAACUGCGAGAUCAGCGCCAUGACCUGCGCCGACGGGCCCUGCUUCAACGCGGGCACCUGCGCCGAGAAGCCCACAGGCGGCUACACCUGCCACUGCCCCCUGGGCUACCACGGCUCCAACUGUGAGAAGAAGAUCGACCGGUGCACCAAUAACCCAUGUCUGAACAGUGGCCUCUGCCUGGACCUGGGCCGCCGGGUGCUCUGCAGGUGCCGGCCGGGCUUCGCCGGCACCCGCUGCGAGCGCAACAUCGACGACUGCGCCUGCAACCCCUGCGUCAACGGCGGCACCUGCCUGGACGGGGCCAACAGCUACACCUGCUCCUGCACCCUGGGCUACGGCGGCAAGGACUGCAGCGUGCGGGUGGACGCCUGCGGCUCCAGCCCCUGCCUCAACAGCGGCACCUGCUACACCCACUUCUCCGGCCACGUCUGCGAGUGCUCGGCCGGCUACAUGGGCUCCAGCUGCGAGUUCAAGGUGCAGAGCCCCGCCCCGGCCAGCAGCCGGCGGCUGGCGGCCGACGACCCCUUCCCGACGGCCCUGGCCGUCUCCUUCGCCCUGGGGCUGGUGACCCUGGCCCUGGUGGUGUGCGCCGCGCUGGCGGUGCUGCGGCAGAUGAGGGAGGGCCGCAAGGCGGGGAAGGGCACCGUGCGGAACGACCUGGACACCGUCAACAACCUGAAGGAGAGGGAAGGGUUCCUCAGCGCACCCGGGCGGUUCAAGGUGCCCAACAAAGAGCCCAAGUUCGGCGGCGACGGCCUCAGGGAUAAAUUCAACUGCAAGCGGAAGCUGCUGGAUCUCAGCGGGGACGCCGCCUGCAAGAAGAAGCCGGAGAAUAAGAAAUCGGAGCCGAUCUUCUCCCGGGCCCCUGCUGGGUACCCCAAAGAAGGCCCCUAUCGCCCUAUUUAUAUUAUCCCGGACCAGACGGAGCCCUGCAUCUUUGCCACCGAGGUUUAAAAGUGGCCCCCCCAACCUCGGACCUGUGGCUCCGUCCCCCCCUGCCCCGCUAAAGAAUGUUUACAGAGACGCCUCCUCGGACGCCUGGAUCAGCGGCGGACGACGUACUAUUAUUUUUUAAUCUAUAGAUUAUAAAUAUCGACUCCUGUUUGUUUUCUAAAGAGAAAAAUAUUUAAUAUUUAUUCUUGCUGCUAUGUGAGUUGGGGGGUGCGGGGGGGACCAAGGGAACAGAGGAAGGUUUGGAAGGUGGAAAGUUGGCUGUGG